GUUUUCUGUUCCAUCCUUUACUUGCCGUAUAUACUUUCUUUUUCAUUUCUUUUAGCUUUCUUUUUCUGUUGAUUUAUUGUUACUGGGUUUGUUAAUUCAUUUUACUCUUUUGUAAGGAAAAGCUUGCUAAUUGAUAUGGAUUAUGGCUUAGGGAUACCUGGAGAUGGAAGGUGUUUGUUCCGGUCUGUGGUCCAUGGAGCUUGUCUUAGGGCAGGGAAGCCAUCUCCAAGUGAGAGCCUUGAGAAAGAACUUGCGGAUGACCUUCGAGCCAAAGUAGCAGAUGAAUUUAUUAAGAGGCGCAGGGAUACUGAAUGGUUUCUUGAGGAUGAUUUUGACACAUAUGUUGGGCAGAUGAGACAGCCACAUGUUUGGGGAGGCGAGCCUGAACUUCUAAUGUCCUCACACGUUCUAAAGAUGCCAAUAACAGUAUACAUGCGGGACAGAAGUUCUGGAAGUCUCAAAAUUAUAGCUGAAUAUGGCCAAGAGUAUGGCAAGGAAAAUCCAAUCUGUGUCCUGUAUCAUGGGUAUGGGCACUAUGAUGCAUUGCGAAGUCAGAUUGCUGUUGCACAAUCCAAGCAAUACUUGAUAUUGCACACCAAGUUGAGGUUGAAAAAAGAAAAGGAACCGAUUUGAUUUUUGGUGCACUAAUAGUGUUUGGGCUAGCUAAGCUUAGAUGACUAGUUAAUGGUUAUUAGCUUAGCUUAGAUGUGGAAUGCAAUGCAUAGUGAGCUGAUGAGGUGAACUCAAAUUCAGGAGGCUUUUAUAUCUUGGAUUAAUCUCUUUUAAUUUCUGCAUUAUAUUUACAUUGUGGUUGAGUCUUUUAUUCCAUGUAAACAUCAUUAGUCUAGAUGAUUAAAAUCACAAUUUAUUCAAAGUCAACUCCUCGUGGAAACGAUACUCUGCUCGCUCUUUAUUGCUUGUUUAUGACACCGUGCGCUUGCGGCAUUCCCAUCAACAAGUUUUUGUUUUGCCUACACCUUGUCAUAACAGGUUCUUGUGUGACCCAUAUGAAAUGCAGUUCCAGGAUACACCAUUAGCUAAACUAGAUGACUACUUUAUGUGUAUCUCCUGAUCAAUGCAAUAAAUUACUGAUUCUGGUUAUUUUUUAGAUUA